AUGAAUAGCGAUUCUUUUGUUGACCUUACUACCUCUUCGCCGCCACCUUUCGCGGAUCAAAACUCGUCGAGCAUGUAUGUUUUCCGGGCGAGUAGCCCACGAUCAUUCGCUGUCAUGGAAAGAGGCCCAUCCCCUAAAAGACGACGAGUUGACACUUCUUCUGUCGCCGGGCCCUCGGCGCACCAAACACGGCAUCACAACCAGGUCAGCAGUUUAGAUAACGAUACAGACAUCGAGUCGAUCGAUCUCACGGAGGUAAACGACAAGGUAUCUCUGGCUAAGGUUCUUUCGAAACAACGCGAAGAUGCCGUAAAGGCUCAAAAUACAGUGGUUGGUGCUGUAGGCCGAUCAACGCUGAUAACGUACAAGUGUCCUGUUUGUAUGGAUACUUGUGUUGACGCCACAUCUACCAUUUGUGGCCAUCUCUUCUGUCACAAAUGCAUCACCGACACCCUUCGAUUUGGCGAAGAAAGAAGUGUGCAUGAUGGCCAUGGUAAGGCACCUCGUGGCCGGUGCCCUGUCUGUCGUCAAACACUUUCGCGCAUAGAUACUUAUGGACCGAAACGAAACCUUGUUCCUCUCCAAUUGAAUCUUUUGACAAGAAAGGAUCCUAAAAUCCGGUAG